GGGUGAAGUUGGUGAGUCGUGUACAAUGACAAUAACCAUUCAGUGUUUGAAGAAGUAUGAUGCGAAAGGAAAAGCUUCGAAGUGGGCAAAUUUUUGGCACUCCUUUUCUCUCUCCACUUUUAAUCAUAGAAUCCUUCUGAAACUCCGACUUAUCUGAACCCUUUCUCUCCCUUGAGGAUUAAACUCUCUUUCUCUCUCUCUCUCUCUCAUACAUACACACACACACAUUUCGGACAUCUGGUGAUCUGUGCAUCAGACUUGCCUACUCUGCCACACCUAAUCGAAUCUCACCUGAAAGUUGACACGUGGUGGCCCGUAGUGACACUCCCACCAGCAUUACAACUCCUGUCGAACUUCCUCAUGGCUUCAAUGAAACAGAGAGUUUCAACACCUAAGCAAACAUUUGUUCAAAUGCCGGCAUAUGAUAAUACUGAAAAUUUGGGGUUGGGGGAAGCAGUCCCUCCCAGGUUAGAGAACUUCAAAAAGGUUUCGGUUAUACCUCUUGUUUUCCUUGUCUUUUACGGGGUCUCUGGGGGGCCUUUUGGUGUGGAAGACAGUGUGCAGGCUGCUGGUCCUCUUUUAGCUCUUCUCGGGUUUCUGCUUUUUCCAUUUAUAUGGAGUGUUCCUGAAGCCUUAAUAACCGCAGAAUUGGGUACUAUGUUUCCUGAGAAUGGGGGUUAUGUGGUUUGGGUUUCUUCAGCUUUGGGUCCUUACUGGGGAUUUCAGCAAGGUUGGAUGAAAUGGCUCAGUGGGGUAAUAGAUAAUGCACUAUACCCAAUCCUGUUUCUGGACUAUUUGAAGUUCUCUGUUCCAUAUUUAGCAGGUGGUUUCCCUAGGAUGAUAGCAGUGCUUGUUCUCACUCUAGCACUCACUUAUAUGAACUACAGGGGUUUGACCAUAGUGGGAUGGAUCGCUGUAGUGCUAGGAGUGUUCUCCAUCCUUCCUUUUGUUGUUAUGGGAUUUGUUGCAAUUCCUAAACUGAAGCUUUCAAGAUGGUUUGUUGUAGACUUGCGCAACGUGGAUUGGGCUUUAUACUUGAAUUCUCUAUUCUGGAAUUUGAACUAUUGGGACUCGAUCAGUACUCUAGCAGGAGAAGUGGAAAAUCCUGCUAGAACACUCCCCAGAGCUCUCUUCUAUGCUCUGAUUUUGGUUGUGCUGGGGUAUUUUUUUCCUCUUCUGAUUGGAACAGGAGCUAUUCCACUUAAUCGUGAACUGUGGAGUGAUGGUUUUUUCGCAGAUAUAGCUAAACUUCUUGGAGGGCUAUGGUUGCAAUUGUGGGUUCUGGGGGCUUCUGCUUUGUCAAAUAUGGGCAUGUUUGUGGCUGAGAUGAGCAGUGACUCCUUUCAACUUCUGGGAAUGGCAGAGCAUGGGAUGCUUCCCGAGUGUUUUGCCAAGAGGUCUCGUUACGGGACCCCUCUUACUGGGAUUUUAUUCUCUGCAUCAGGCGUGGUUUUGCUCUCAUGGCUGAGCUUUCAAGAGAUUAUAGCAGCAGAGAAUUUUUUAUACUGCUUUGGAAUGAUUAUGGAGUUCAUUGCCUUUGUGAAGUUAAGGAUGAAAUACCCUGCAGUAUAUCGGCCUUAUAGGAUACCAGUAGGUACAACUGGAGCAAUAUUAAUGUGUAUUCCUCCAUCUCUAUUGAUUUUUGCGGUUUUGGCCCUUGCUUCCUUCAAAAUCAUGGCUCUUAGUCUCUUGGCUGUCAUGGUUGGGUUUGUCAUGCAGCCUUGUCUCAAAUACAGUGAGAAAAAAAGGUGGCUUAGGUUUUCUGUUAGUUCUGACCUCCGAGAUCUCCAUCCUGAUUGUCCCAAGGGUACUGAACCUUGAAUUAAAGUUGAAAAUGUAAUUUUGUAGUAGUAGCCUUCCAUCUUUUAUAUCUAACUCUACCUAGACCCCUCAGUGGCGGGAAUCUCGUGCUUUUUUAUCUCAAAAUGUUUAAUCCUAAUAUUUAAUCACUUAGAAAAGUCAGAGUGCUUGGGCAAAUAGGUAUUUUCUCAGGUAUCAAUAUGUAAGAUAUUUUUUUCUUCUUGUAGUUGUAUGUAUGGUGGU